UUGGAGAUUAUCAGCUGCAUACAUCUGGUCUACCGUCCAGCGGUAUCUUGAUUGCGUUCAUGCUCAAUAUACUCAAAGGCUACAAUUUCACUACCGAAAGCGUAUCAAGCAAUUCAAAAACAGCGAAUGUUUAUCACAAGAUUAUUGAAACUUUCAAAUAUGCCUACGCAAGGCGUGCGUUGCUAGGCGACAAAAACUUUCUAAAUGAUACACAGAUCAUAAAGGACCUUUUAGAUGAAGAUUACGCGAAACGAAUUCGUAUGAACAUUACCAAUCAAACAUAUCCCGACGCUAGGCACUAUGGCGGAUAUUAUGCAAAUUACGACCCCCCGGGGACAUCUCACUUGUCAGUUCUAGCGCCGAAUGGAGACGCAGUGUCAGUUACCAGUACCAUCAACACUUAUUUUGGUUCGAAAGUGCGUUCGACAGUGACAGGGAUAACGUACAAUAAUGAGAUGGACGAUUUCUCAACACCCGGAUUGACCAAUGCAUACGGAGUUGAACCGUCUCCUAGUAAUUUCAUCGCGCCUGGCAAACGACCAAUGUCGUCCAUGAGUCCUAUCAUUUUAACAAACAGAACAAGUGGGGAUGUCGUGUUUAUUGCAGGGGCAUCUGGGGGUACGAGGAUCACCACGGGUACUACAUUGGUAACGAUGAACAAAAUAUGGUUUGGUCGUAACACAAGUGAAGCCGUUACCAUGCCUCGAUUCCACAACCAACUUCUUCCUAAUUACACAGCUAUAGAACAACCACCUCGCAACCUGUCACCAUAUAUCAUCAAAGAACUGAAAGGCUAUGGACACACCAUCGAAACCAAAUCUUUCCACUGUGUUGUGCAAGCAAUUUCCAAGGAGUUAGAUGGAAAAAUCUUCGCCAAGUCUGAUCCAAGAAAAGGCGGGUCCAGUUUUGGAUUCUAAGAUAAUGUCAUACUAAAAUAUCCUACAUUCUAUAGGCGAAAAACUUUGAUAACUUAUAAUUACAUCAUGGAUAAAACUGAUUCAAUCAUUGAAUCGAAACAAUCAAUAAUGCGAAGCCUAUUUUCUCUCCCACGAUCACAGAAUUCUGUGAGUAAACUAUGACACUAUUUG